AUGCCGAUGACGACUCCGCAUCGAUAUUUCACAAGCACAGCAGUCUUCAUGAAUGAGGUGCUAAAACUCUCGAUAUCUCUUACGAUGGCUUUGUACGAAAUAUCCUCCGCUCUUCCGUCGUCCACCCCAGCGACGACACUAUUUCAAGCGCUUUCAUCCGCAGUGUUUGCCGGCGACAGCUGGAAGAUGGCUAUACCCGCGAUGCUGUACACACUUCAAAACACGCUGCAGUACGUGGCUGUCAGCAAUUUGGAUGCCGCCACGUUCCAGGUCACAUACCAAAUGAAGAUUCUUACGACAGCGCUAUUUAGCGUAGGGCUGCUUGGGCGAAGUUUGUCGUUGCGCAAGUGGGUGAGCCUUGUCCUGCUCAUGGCGGGCGUUGCUAUCGUGCAGAUGCCCACCGGCGACGAUCCCACCAGCAUGAACAGCCUCAGAAUGGAAAGCGCUCGCCUUUCCUGGCCGCGCAGCAUCGAGGAGCUCCGAGAUCUUGGCAGCGAGACUGCUAAGCAGCUCAUGAGACGCACAUCGCACCAGAUGGCCAAGAGAUCCGCGACCUACGAGGGCAUUGAAGAGGACGUGGCACGCCAGCACCCGCAGCUCAAUUCCUCCAUUGGACUGUUUGCCGUCGUAGUUGCUUGCUUGCUCUCAGGCCUGGCAGGCGUCUACUUCGAGAAGAUCCUCAAAGAGUCCCACACGCCGGCCAGUUUAUGGGUCCGCAACGUCCAGCUCUCGUUCUACUCUAUUUUUCCGGCACUUUUCCUGGGUGUUAUGUUCAUGGACGGAGAGGAGAUAUCCAAAUAUGGCUUCUUUAUCGGCUACAACUGGGUGGUAUGGGCAGCUAUCGGAUUACAAGCACUCGGAGGCGUUGUGGUCGCAAUGGUCGUGUCGUAUGCCGACAACAUUGCGAAGAACUUUGCUACCAGCAUCAGCAUUCUAUUGUCAUGCUUUGCGAGCGUGUGGUUCUUCGAAUUCACCAUCUCAAGACACUAUGUCGUCGGGACCGCCAUCGUACUCUUCUCGACAUACCUGUACACCAGCAACGACCGUGCUCGUCCACCGCCCAUCAAGAUCGCAAGCUUCGAGAAGACGAUUGUAGAUAGAGAAAAUGGCUUCUUCGACAUGACGCCAGGAACAGGCGGCGGCAACAAGCUCAAGGCACCACGCCCAGAUCAAGCCCUGUCGAGCAGCAGGCCCACCACUCCAACUAUGGAGAGGCAGGGAUUCAAUUUCGAUAAGCGCAAAGAAUGA